UCGGGGGCAAGACUCGAGAUCAGGAAUUCCUCAGCGCUCCUCAAAUUUCCUGAAAUCACAGACCUCUCGCUCGCCUCGGUUACCGAUACAUUCUGCGCCCACCUCCUCCUCGCAACAGACGUCUGAACAGAGCCGCUUUUCAAAAUGAUGUUGCAAAGUGUCCCCUUCCUCUUAUUGCUGGCCAUAGCGCUCUGUCAAACCGAGGAAGUGCAGAGUAAGAGUAAAGUGUGUGCCAAUGUGUUUUGUGGAGCAGGAAGAGAGUGUGUCGUCACUGAGAAGGGAGAGCCCAGCUGCUUGUGUAUAGAGAGCUGUAAGCCCCACAAGCGUUCAGUGUGUGGCAGUAACAGUAAGACGUACCGCAACCACUGUGAGCUCCACCGAGAUGCCUGUCUCACCGGCCUCAAGAUCCAGGUGGCUCAUGAUGGACACUGCCAGGAGAAGAAAGCAGAGCAAGCAGCUGCCAGCCCAGUGGUGUGUUACGUAGCAGACCGUAAUGAGUUGAGGCAUCGUGUGAUCCAGUGGCUGCAGACUGAGGUGGUCCCAGACGGCUGGUUUGUCAAGGGCUCCAACUUUACCGACAUCCUGCUCAAAUACUUCAAGAACUACGACAAUGGUGACUCCACGCUGGACUCCUCAGAGCUCCUCAAGUUCAUCCAACAUAAUGACUCCAACGUGGACAUGCAGUCCUACGCAGACCAGGAGAGCAACAGGCUGCUCAGAAGCCUGUGUGUGGACGCCCUGAUCGAGCUGUCAGAUGAGAACGCUGACUGGAAGCUUAGCUUCGAUGAGUUCCUCAACUGCCUGAAGCCCGGCUUCAACCCACCCGAGAAGAAGUGUGCCCUGGAGGAUGAGACCUAUGAAGAUGGGGCCGAGACACAGGUGGAGUGUAACCGCUGUGUGUGUGCCUGUGGCAACUGGGUCUGCACUGCCAUGACCUGCACUGACAAGACAGCGGUUGUCAAGGAGACCGGGGAGGCGGGGCAGGAGAUGACCGAGGAGGAAUGGAGUCUCCGUGUGACCGAGCUUAACAAGCACCAGGAAACAGUGGAGAAGAUGAAGGUCAGCACAAAGGAGGCCUAAGAGGCCCAAAGAAGAAGGGCUUGAGAGAGAGUGCGAGAGAGUCACUCUUCCUCUAUACUUGAUGUACCUUGAGGCCCUGUGCUAUUGCUGAAUUUACUCAUAUGUUAAAUAUUAUAGCUUUUUUUACUGUCUUUUUGUUGAUGUUUGUUAGAUGCAAGGGCAGUCUAGAGUAUUAUUUUAGGAGUUCCUUGUGUUAAGUACUGUCUUUAUUUGUGAUUAAAUUACUGCACCCUGCACUAGGAAUGGGGCCAUGUUUUACUGUUCCAUUUUUCUUCUUCUUCCUAUGUAUACAAUAUAGAUACAGUAUGGCUCUUGUUAGUAAAAUAGCAAGCAGUAAUUGUUUGGAAUGAGAAGGAUGAGAGAUGUUAGGAGUGAGCUGUUGUUUCUUCAUCAAAGAAACAAAAUCAUCUUGAAAGUACUUCAAGAUGUGUUAGAAGUGUAGAGCAAGACGAUGACAGUGUCCUAUUGUAGGGGAAGGUAGUGGGAUGUCAUACACUUGACUUUAAGCUUAUUUGCUUACAGAACUGCCAUGAUACUACUUGACCAAUGCACUUCCCCCUCUGUGACUAGCAGCAUAGUUUCAGGCCUUGGUGAAUCAUCCCGUUUAGUUAGUAUGCCCUGCUUUUUGACAAAUACACUUGCUCCUAUGUACAAUUUGUUAUAUGCUUGAGUUGGAGAUCAUGUGGUCACAAUGGCUCCUGUGCUGUAUUCAAUCAGCGCUCUCUGGUGCUUGUUUCAGAAACAUCGAAGCAAUAGUCAUCUAGAUGUGAAACCCCAAGUAGAAUAUAGAAUGAAAGCACCAAGCACAGAGCUGAACUGAGUACAGCAGGGAGAGAACUGAAACCAAAGCCUGAUGAUGACUAUGAUGAUGAAAUGAUGUACGAACCCCUCCAGGUAAAGCAUUACUCUGGACCCAGCAACAACACUAUACCUGUGCUUAUCAAAGAUCAGUUAUAAGGAUUAGCCUUCUGUCAGCUAACAUAACUUAGAUGCAUCUCUAACUCAGAGGGAACGCAUCUGUCAGAUAAUGUGUGUGUGUGAUGAGGGAGUGUUUUUUUGAGAGAGUGUGAGCUACUAGUGUGUGGCGGUGAGUAUCAUAUUUGUUUUAUGUUUUAUUUGUCAAAAUCCCACUCAUCCUGAGAAUUAUUUGUGGUUAAAUCAGUGCCUUUAACACCCAAACAUAGGCCUGCAGACACAUUGUCGAGGUCUUGUGUCCAGCAAGCUUUAAACCACAAUUGGAAUGGGCAAGACUAUAAUUGGCAGAAUUUUUAUAGUAACCUUAGAGCUAUGUGGUUUAGUCCUUGUUAAAUGUUUGUGUAAAAGUUCCAUAACUAGUUUGGUUAAUAACUUUUUAUUCUAAAAGGAAUGCAGAGUGUAUAAGGAGUAUAUAUGCCAAUAAAAGACAACCCAUACAGUACUA